AUGGGAAAUUAUAAAUCUAGACCAACCCAGACUUGCACGGAUGAAUGGAAGAAGAAAGUCAGUGAAUCCUAUGCCACUGUCACGGAGCGGUUGGAGGACGACCUGCAAAUCAAGGAAAAAGAGCUGGCAGAGUUAAAGCAUGUUUUCAGCUCUGAUGAAGCCUUCUGCAAAGUCAACCUGAAUUACCGCACGGAGAACGGGCUCUCGCUGCUGCACCUGUGCUGCGUGUGCGGGGGCAACAAAUCCCACAUCAGAACUCUCAUGCUGAAAGGGCUGCGCCCAUCCAGACUAACCAGAAAUGGAUUUACAGCUCUGCACUUGGCAGCUUAUAAGGACGACGCGGAGCUGCUGACGGCGCUGCUGCACGGCGGGGCUGACAUCCAGCAGGUCGGCUACGGGGCGCUGACGGCCCUGCACGUCGCCACCAUCGCCGGCCACCACAAGGCUGUGGACAUCCUGCUGCAGCACGGGGCCUACGUGAACGUGCAGGACGCCGUGUUCUUCACCCCGCUGCACAUCGCUGCCUACUGCGGCCACCAGCAGGUAACCCACCUGCUACUGAAGUUUGGAGCUGAUGUGAAUGCGAGUGGUGAAGUUGGGGACAGACCUCUCCACCUGGCUGCCGCCAAAGGCUUUCUCAACAUCACAAAGCUUUUGAUGGAAGAAGGAAGCAAAGCUGAUGUGAAUGCUCAGGACAAUGAAGAUCAUGUGCCUCUGCACUUCUGCUCUCGAUUUGGGCACCAUGAUAUUGUGAAGUUCUUACUGCAGAGCAGCUUUGAAGUGCAGCCCCACGUGGUGAAUAUCUAUGGAGACACACCUCUACACCUUGCCUGUUACAAUGGGAAGUUUGAAGUUGUCAAGGAAAUAAUUAAACUCUCAGGAACAGAAAGUCUCACUAAAGAAAAUAUAUUCAGUGAAACCGCUUUCCACAGCGCUUGCACCUAUGGAAAGAACAUAGAACUUGUCAAGUUUCUUCUUGACCAGAAUGUUGUAAGCAUCAAUCAUCAGGGGAGAGAUGGGCACACAGGGCUGCACUGUGCUUGCUACCACGGCCACAUUCGCCUUGUGCAGUUCUUGCUGGAUAACGGAGCUGACAUGAAUCUUGUAGCUUGUGAUCCCAGCAGGUCCAGUGGAGAAAAGGAUGAGCAGACCUGUUUGAUGUGGGCUUAUGAGAAAGGUCACGAUGCAAUUGUGACCCUCCUGAAGCAUUACAAGAGACCUCAGGAUGAGUCCCCCUGCAACGAAUAUUCCCAGCCUGGAGGAGACGGUUCCUAUGUGUCAGUGCCAUCCCCCCUAGGGAAGAUUAAAAGCAUGACAAAAGAAAAGGCCGAUGUCCUCCUCCUCCGUGCUGGCUUGCCAUCACACUUCCACCUGCAGCUCUCUGAGAUAGAGUUCCACGAGAUUAUCGGCUCAGGGUCUUUUGGAAAAGUCUAUAAGGGACGAUGUAGAAAUAAAAUUGUUGCAAUUAAACGUUACCGAGCCAACACCUACUGCUCCAAGUCUGACGUGGACAUGUUCUGCCGGGAGGUUUCCAUUCUCUGCCGACUGAACCAUCCCUGUGUCAUCCAGUUCGUGGGAGCCUGCCUGGAUGACCCCAGCCAGUUUGCCAUUGUCACCCAGUACAUCUCUGGGGGAUCACUCUUCUCCCUGCUCCAUGAGCAGAAGAGAAUUCUCGAUCUGCAGUCUAAAUUAAUCAUUGCAGUAGAUGUGGCCAAAGGCAUGGAGUACCUGCACAAUCUCACACAGCCCAUCAUACAUCGGGAUCUGAACAGUCAUAACAUUCUCCUGUAUGAGGAUGGUCAUGCAGUAGUUGCUGAUUUUGGAGAAUCUCGAUUUCUGCAAUCCCUGGAUGAAGACAACAUGACAAAACAACCUGGGAACCUGCGCUGGAUGGCCCCUGAGGUGUUCACCCAGUGCACAAGGUACACCAUCAAAGCCGAUGUCUUCAGCUACGCUCUGUGCCUCUGGGAGCUGUUAACAGGGGAAAUUCCCUUUGCUCACCUCAAACCAGCAGCAGCAGACAUGGCUUACCACCACAUCCGCCCCCCCAUCGGCUACUCCAUCCCCAAGCCCAUCUCUGCCUUGCUGAUGAGGGGCUGGAACGCCUGUCCUGAGGGGAGACCAGAGUUUUCAGAAGUUGUCACAAAGUUAGAGGAGUGUCUGUGCAAUAUUGAGUUAAUGUCUCCAGCCUCCAGCAACAGCAGCGGGUCCCUGUCUCCCUCCUCCUCCUCGGACUGCCUGGUGGCCCGGGGUGGCCCUGGGCGCAGCCACGUGGCCGCCCUGCGCUCGCGGUUCGAGCUGGAAUACGCCAUCAACGCGCGAGCCUACGCUGCCUGGUCCCAGGGCACUGGGCAACCCCCUUCUCAGGGCCUGUCUCUGGAUGACAUGAGAAGGAACUUCCACUACCCAGCCGUGGACAAAAACGGGUACGUGUCUGACCCCUUGAGCACCAUGAGGUUCCACUCCUGCAGCGGCAGCAUGGAGGACAGCAGCUGAGGGAGGGAGCGUCCAGCUGCCCCAGCCUGGCCAUCACCACGGCACCGAGUGGCACACGGACAUCCCUGGACUGAGCAGCUUUAGUGUUGAUGACAGAUGUCCCUGUCCUGAAUUCUGCUUUUGCAUCUCCCUCAGCUGACCACCCCAUGCCCUGCAGCAGCAACUCUGACCAUGGAGCAUUAUAAAAGAGAAUAGAGGCAAGGCAGUUGACCUCUUCCUCUAGAAGCAAUUACAGAGUUAAUCACA